AUGAAAAGGUGGAAUUUUUUACUUGUAGUCAUUGUAUUAUCUGCUAAUUGUCUUACUGUUUUUGGUGAUCAAAAUGAGACAUUGGAAAGUGAGGUGCCUUCAGUAAAUAAAACAUUGACUCGUGCUAAACGUCAAUGUUGUAAUUCUGGAACACAAUCAUGUUGCCCACAACAAAAUCAAUGUAAUUGUGCUGCUCUUCAAAUUCAAGUUCAAAGAUGUGAUUGUGCUAAUAUCCAACAAAAUCAAUGUGGAUGUUCUUCUCAAACAUCAUCAUGUAAUUGUCCAGUCCUCCAACAACAAUAUUCUCAAUGUGGUUGUGGUGCAUUAACUUAUGAGGUAUCUUGUAAUACAUGCCAACAACAACAACAACAACAACAACCACAAAUUAUUGUUGUUCAAAAACCACAAGAAAAUACUUGUACUCCAGCUUGUAUGCCAUCAUGUGAUAAUUCAUGUGUUAGUCAAGCAGCUUCACAGAUUGUUGUUGUACAAUCUCAAGAUAAUUCAUGUCCACAAGCCUGUAGACCUAGCUGUACAAAUCAAUGUGUCCAACAACAAACUUUAUGUGUUUCAGCCUGUGAAUCAUCAUGUGCAACUUCAUGCCAAUCUAAUAAUGCAUGUGUUUCUAGUUGCCAACCAAGUUGUAUGAAUUCAUGUAUGGAACAAUCUCAACAACAAAUUAUUGUUAUUCCACAACAAAGUAAUUCAUGUUCAAACAAUUGUAAUAAUCAAUGCCAAAAUAGUUGUUCAGGAAGUUCACAAUGUGUUCAAUCAUGUAAUAACCAAUGUCAAAAUGCUUGCAGUUCCGGAACCUCUGCUCCACAAAUUAUUGUAGUUCAACAACAACCACAACAAUCUGGUUGCCAAACUUGUCAAAAUCAAUGUCAAAAUACUUGUUCUGGAAAUGCUCAAUGUAUACAACAAUGCCCAUCACAAUGUCAAAAUAGUUGUGAUAGUGGUAACCAACAAAUUAUCUUACUUCAACAACAAAAUUGUAUGAACAGUUGUAACAAUCAAUGCCAAAAUAGUUGUUCAGGAAAUGUUCAAUGUACCCAGACAUGUGGUAAUCAAUGUCAAAGUGCCUGUGAUUCUGGAUCUUCUGCUCCACAAGUUAUUGUAGUUCAACAACAGCAACAACAACAAACUUGCCAAGGAAGUUGCAACAACCAAUGUCAAAAUAGUUGUUCAGGAAAUGUUCAAUGUACCCAGACAUGUAAUAAUCAAUGUCAAAGUGCCUGUGAUUCUGGAUCUUCUACUCCACAAGUCAUUGUAGUCCAACAACAACCACAACAAACUUGUCAAGGAAGUUGUAAUAAUCAAUGUCAAAAUAGUUGUUCAGGAAAUGUUCAAUGUACCCAGACAUGUAAUAAUCAAUGUCAAAGUGCCUGUGAUUCUGGAUCUUCUACUCCACAAGUCAUUGUAGUCCAACAACAACAACAACAAGGUUGUAUGAAUAGUUGUAGUAAUCAAUGCCAAAAUAGUUGUUCAGGAAAUGUUCAAUGUACCCAGACAUGUAAUAAUCAAUGUCAAAGUGCCUGUGAUUCUGGAGCAUCUGCUCCACAAGUUAUUGUAGUUCAACAACAACAACAACAACAAUCAGGAUGUUCAACUUGUUCACCACAACCAUACGCUCAAUGUGUACCACAAUGUCAACCUUCAUGUCAACCAGAAUGCAUGAAAAUUUAUGCAACAUAUGUUCAACAACCAGCAAUAACAUCAUGUACACAAUCAUCAAAUGGUUGUGGAUGUAGUUCUGGAUACACACAAUGUAUGCAAGGAGUAUGUUGUUUAAGAAGAAGGCAUCGUGUUGCUAGAAAUACAAAAGAAGAACCAUUUGCUGAAGCUUCAGAAAAUAUCAAAUCAUCUGAUGUGGAACAAAAUCAAACUGAGAAAGAGGUAAAACAAGAAUAG